AAAUUGCAGUUAUAUUUGUCAUACUUAUAUUUACUAAUUUUUAUUAAACAUAUGUUCGAAUAUUUACAAAUAAAAAAAUAUCAAUAUUCAAAUUUUAAACAAUCAUGAGUGAUUUGGAUGAAAUCGAAGAGCUGUUCAACCAUUUUGACUCCUUGGAAUCAAACAGUAAGAUCAAUCCAUAUGAACUCUGCCAUGAUACAAAAUAUUUGAAAGAUAAUGUAGAAAAAUCAACUAAGGAGCCGCUGGAAUCUCCAACCAUUGAUAAAGGCGUAGACGACAUAGCAGAACUUUGUUUGAAGUUAGAUUCUAAGCUAAAUCUCAAGCCAAGCAAGAACGAGCUGAAACAUUGGUUUGUUAUCAUGUCCCAUAGUUUUAAAUCGAAAGGAGCCACUUUUAUUUCAAGACUUCAAAAUCAUGCCCUAUUGGAGUCGAAAUUCAAAAUUUUUGACCCGACCAUAUCACAUAUUCCAACCUUCGAAACUUCUAUCGUUGUCAAAGAAAUUGAAAAAUACAGCGGCGACUUGGCCAUACCUUAUCAGAUGUUUCUUAUUUUCUUACCCUACGGCAAUGUAUCCUUGUUUAGCACCUUAAAAAAUAGUUCGUCUGCCACAUUAAUACCUUCUCAAAUAAUAUUGGAAUCGACGGCGGAUGAUACUUUACCACUUCAUAAUAUAGUUCCCGCUAUCAUUAAUAAAUCUAGAGUAGAGAUAUAUAGCAAUUGUUUAGCGGAUCUUAAAAUUCUUUACCCGCGCGAGCCUUUGGAUUUCUGCGAUGGCGAUUCCAAAUCGGGUAUUAUAACCAGCCCUCAUAUCCCAAAAUAUUUAUGUCGCAGUGGUACGGGUGAAGUUCGCGGAAAUCUUCUUUUAGAAAAUUCGCCCGUUCAUCUAAACUACGAAGACUCUUCUUUCCCCAAUUGGCCUACAUAUUUUGCCGGCGAUAAAGUUCAAUUUACUAUUAAAUUCAACGGUGCUAAAACACAUUUUGCAGUAUGCAAUAUUCUAUUUUCCAAAGAAAGUUUCAAGAACUCUAUUAGAUAUAAAGGUACUGUUCAAAAAUUCAGUUCUCUAAAACACAGUGGCAUUUUUAAAGUUAUCACACCUGGAGAAUAUUGCAACUGCCAUGUGGCAUUCAAGCUGAAUGAAUUUAUUUUACCCGUGGAAGAAAAUGAUCUUCAGACCUAUUCUCACAAUGUAUUCCAAUUUUCUAUCGUCCCCACACCAAAAGGUUAUGAGAGAGCUAUAAGAAUAACAUGAACUUAUUAAUAAAUAGUUAGUUAUAUACGUAUCGACAAAUGCGAAUUAAUUUUGUGUAAACUAACAUGAUAUAAAAUCAUUAUUAUAUUAUCUUUUUCAAUCACCAUAAUAAUUUUUUUUUAAAUCAGUGCGCCAUUAUUUUAAGGAUAAAAAUACACUUAUGUUAUCAAAAAGUAAAUUACCAUGAUUUUACCAUUAUGUGACCAAAAUAUUUU